AUGUCGGAACGCAGCAACGUCUCGGCCUCUGGCCCCAGAGCCAAUCCUCUCUAUGGCGGACCAGCUAACCCAAGCGCGGGAAACCGAACCCCUUCAUGGGCGCGUAAAUCCGGCGCAGGCGGUGCCCGACCGUCGUUCAGCGAUGCCGCGUCUUCUCCCCCUGAUUCCCCCGCGCGCUCCGCCCGCAGCAACAACGGCCCAUCGUACUACGCCCCGCAAUACGAGCACCCCGGUUACACCGUCGAAACGCCCGGCGUUAACGACGCUAUGCUGGGACAAUCCCCGUUCCGCGCGCCCCCUUACUACGUGCAGACCCCCGCACACUCCGAGCGGCCUGGAUCCCCCAUGUCUUCGGUCCCCGACUCCCCCGCGCACACCAUGUCGUACGACAUGCGCAGUGUGCGGUCUGGGAAACCAGGCUCGUCGCGCGUCUACGGCGCGCCGGCUCGCGUGGCUGCGGCGCCGCUUGCGUCGCGGAUCAACGAGGAGGGCGACGAGGAGGAGCAGCUGUACGAGCCGCCUGCUAAGGAGGCGUCGGGAGGGCGGUCGAAGCGGAGCAAGCGAUUCUGGACGAUCUGCAUUGUGGUGGGGAUUCUGGCCCUCGUCCUCGCGGCCGUCGCGACGGGCAUCGCGCUUUACUACGUGUUCCAGCCGGAUGCUCCCACGUACACCUUCGAUUAUGCGACUCUCAACGAGUUCCAGAUCGUCAACAAGCUCGCCGACGGAACCGGCUUGCCGACAGACCAGCUUUUCGCAAACGUUACUUUCGUCUUUUCUGCGAUCAACCCGAACGGCAAGUACACGCUACAAGGCGACGGCGGUUUGCUGCAAGUCGGCUACAGCUCCAUUCCCACGCUCAUGCAAGGAGGGGUCCCCUAUUUCGCUCUCAGUUCUAAGAACUUCACCAACUUCACUACAUCAGUGGGUGUAGCCAUGUACCCGUUAUACGGCGUGGGUCCGGGGCUGCGUCAGGACAUCAUGGCAGAGUACAUCAGCAUGCAACUUCAUGCACAGCUCGCCAUAGUUGCCAGAAUGUCGGAGCCGCCAGCCAAGCGCCCGAGAGGUCGUCCGAGGAAAAACCCUCUUCCCGAUAAUGCGAGCCCCUCGACUGGCGCUGUAGGAACGCCGUCGAGAGUACCGGCUGCGGCCGCCAGAGCGGCUGCCACUAGAGCAGCGGGAAAUAGAGCAGUCGAGGAGGACGAUGACGUGCAGCCACGUCAUCCCCGUGACCGCGUCUGUCCUUCCGCGCCCGGUGUUUCCCGCCGUGCCUGCGUGUGUUCCGCAGUGAAUCCGCGAGUGCUCGUUCUUGCUCCAGAUGAGGACGUGGCGACGCGCAUAUUCCUCGAGUCGCAGGCGGGGCCGAACGUGGGCGUGUGCGUGCUGUCCGCCAACGGCUCUAUUUCCAGCGCCACGCUGCGCGACCCCUCAGGCGGCGCCAACACUACCAUUCACGAGGUGCAGUUCGGUGCAGAGAGGUUGAACGGGGGUCGGUUUGAGCUGCUGAACAUGUCGGGCUCGUUUCUGCCGCACGACCCGGCGGACCCCGAUGGGCGAAUGGGCGGGCUGAGCGUGAGCCUCGUCAGCUCCAACGGCCGCGUUGUGGGCGGCGGUGUGGCCGGCCGCCUCGUUGCCGCCACACCUGUGCAGCAAUCUGACCACACCUGGAUCAAGGCCAGCUGGGCAGUGAAGGCAGUAGUAACGGCAGCAGUGCGGGCAGUAGUAACGGCAGCAGUGCGGGCUAAGUACGGCAGCAGUGCGGGCUAA